GGGUUCGCGAGGAACCCAGCUCAUGGGGUUUGCGUGGAACCCAGCUGGCUUGGAUCAAAACAAGGAGGACCACGGCAAUCUUCAUAGGAAUCCAUCAUCAAAUAAUUGCCGCUGGUUAGGUUUCAGCUGCGGAAUGAGUUCUAGUUGGGGCAAUCGGAGUUGUACAAGCAAGUUGAUAGGGAUGAUCCCAAAGCUCUCCUUUGACUAAUUAAUAAAUUUAUUAAAUUAAGCCUUCAUUGGCUAAUUUUCUCUUUCACAAUAGGCUUCGUGAUUUCAAAGAUUUUCGUUUAGCGGUUUUGUUUUGUAACUGUUAGAAACCAUUGAAGGUGGAUGAUGGGUGGUGGUGGAGGAAGCAUUCAAUGUUUGAAACUUUUCUGCACAAAUUUUCUGUGUGAGAGAGGGAGGGGAUUCCGAACGGUUUGGACGGAUCGGGAAGUGAAUUUCUCAGCGGCAUUUUAUUUUAUUCAGUAACACUACCAAACUCUUCAAUAGCAGACGAAGCAAUCCAAGAAUUU